AUGUCUCGAACACCGAAUUUUGAGUUCCAAGAAUGGUGGAACAAGCAGAGAGAAAAGGAACACGACGAACUCCGACUGGAAAAGUCCGGCAACUUCCCGACCUCACCUGCAUUUCUAUCUCUUGAGAUCCGGAGUUCUGGGAGUCCUGGAGAUCGAACGGCCGAUAAGGACCGGGCGAGAACGAGGAGUGCCCGCCAGAUUUCUUGGGUUUGGCUGUUGAAAUUCCAGCAGAUUGCUGGUUCUUUGGCUUCAAUCACCAAUGGGUUCGUUCAUCUUAUCCGCACUGCCAAUCGUCGGAUUGCAUCGCCUGAUUCUCCAGCUGAUUCGGCCUCGUCUCGGCUCUAUAAGAUAAUCAAAGUGUUUUUGAUUGUGGUGCUUCUGUUGCUCGUUUUUGAGCUUGUGGCGUACUUCAAUGGCUGGCAUUUCAAACCCCCUAACGUGAGUUCCGCUUCUGCGGAGGUGCUUGGAAUGAUAGGGUUUGUGUAUGCUAGUUGGCUUGAGAUUCGGGAAAAUUACUUGGCUCCACCGCUGCAGAGCUUGAUCAAUUUGUGCAUUGUGUUAUUCCUGUUCCAGUCAGUGGAUCGUUUGGUUUUAAUGAUGGGGUGUUUUUGGAUAAAAUUCUGGGGAUUGAAGCCCGUGGCGGCGUUUGAGUACUCGGACACUGAUGAGAAUGCUCCCGAGGAUUAUCCAAUGGUGUUGGUGCAGAUUCCCAUGUGCAAUGAGAGGGAGGUCUACCAGCAAUCUAUUGCAGCUGUUUGUAUCCAGGACUGGCCAAAGGAUAGAAUACUUGUUCAGGUUUUAGAUGAUUCUGAUGAACUAGAUGUUCAACAACUUAUCAAUGCUGAAGUACAAAAAUGGCAACAAAGAGGUGUCCACAUAUUGUAUAGACACCGCCUCAUGCGUACAGGCUACAAGGCAGGGAAUCUCAAAUCUGCUAUGGGGUGUGAUUAUGUAAAAGAUUACGAGUUUGUGGCGAUCUUUGAUGCAGAUUUUCAGCCAGGACCAGACUUUUUAAAGAAAACCAUUCCACAUUUCAAGGGGAAUGAUGAACUUGCAUUGGUCCAGACAAGGUGGUCAUUUGUGAACAAGGACGAAAAUUUGCUCACAAGAUUGCAGAACAUAAAUUUAUCCUUCCAUUUUGAGGUUGAGCAGCAAGUAAAUGGCAUGUUUAUCAACUUUUUUGGUUUCAAUGGAACUGCUGGAGUCUGGAGAAUUAAAGCUCUGGAAGAAUGUGGAGGCUGGUUAGAAAGAACAACUGUUGAGGACAUGGAUAUUGCAGUUCGUGCCCAUCUUUGUGGCUGGAAGUUCAUAUUUCUUAAUGAUGUGAAGUGCCUUUGUGAACUUCCGGAAUCAUUUGAAGCGUACAAGAAACAACAACACCGAUGGCAUUCAGGCCCAAUGCAGCUAUUUCGUUUGUGCUUCGCUGAUAUACUCAAAUCGAAGGUAAGUUGGAAGAAGAAAGCUAAUUUGAUCUUUCUUUUCUUCCUUUUGCGAAAGCUUAUCCUUCCCUUUUACUCAUUUACCUUGUUCUGCAUAAUUCUACCCCUUACCAUGUUCCUUCCAGAGGCUCAUCUACCAGCUUGGGUUGUUUGCUAUGUUCCCGGAAUGAUGUCCAUCUUAAACAUUCUCCCUUCACCACAGUCGUUUCCUUUUAUAGUCCCCUAUCUUCUCUUUGAAAACACCAUGUCUGUUACCAAAUUCAAUGCCAUGAUAUUGGGAUUAUUCCGCUUUAAAAGUUCGUACAAAUGGAUAGUAACAAAAAAACUAGGAAGAUCAUCCGAAAACGAUCUUGUUGCUUUUGAAAAAGAACAAGAAUUUUUGGUUGAAGGUUCUACUAGUCUUCAUCGGUCAUCCUCGGAAUCAGGUCUUCUAGACCUAACCAAGCUCGAGAUAUCGAAAAAAACAGGGAAAUGCAAAAGAAAUCGUCUGUACAGGAAGGAAUUGGCUCUUGCAUUCAUUUUGUUAACAGCCUCCGUCAGAAGUUUGUUAUCUGCACAAGGAAUUCACUUCUACUUCCUAUUAUUUCAAGGUAUCACUUUGCUAGUGGUGGGUCUCGAUUUAAUUGGAGAGCAGGUGAGCUAAACUAUGUUACAAUUUUGAAGUUAGUCCUAAAGGAAAUAACCCCAGAUGCAUAUGGGUUACUCACUAGUCAUCUUUGUCCUAUAAAAUCUUGUUCACUUUCGAUCGAUCACUUCUUGCUCGUGUAUUGAGAUCUAUUUGCUUCCGAUUGCGGACUGCUAUGUUAAGGUUGAUCAUUCAAGUUGGGCAGAGGAUGUGAGAUGUUAAAAUUAUAGGGGAAAAGAAAUGGAGCAUUUAUAUUUCCAGGUGCCAAGAAUAGGAAAUUCUGAGAUUUUUGGAACCUUCAUUCUUUAUUUUUGUCAAACUGAUGAUUUCUGUACCAUGAAACAUAAUAUAUAUCUCAUUGUAUGUGUUGAAAUUCAUUGAUGUUCUAAGACUUGAAUUCUAUUUAAAUCAGUAGCAGGCUUGUCAUUGCCCUCA